CUCGACCAAAGAAAACCCAAAAAAACGCGAGAAGAGUCGCCGCGCGCAACUGUCUCCCUGGUGUGUUUCGCAUCUUGCGUUAAUCUCUCGACUCCUCUUCCCCUCAAACUUCGUCCUCUCACUGCUCUCGACCGUCUCUUCUUAUUAUACUUGGCUCUUGCGGGCUACACUGUACUCCACAGAUACGCAUACCUGUGUACAAGGGAGAGAAGCAGAGCACUGAACUCAUGUAACUUCGACAUAUUUCUGCAUCUCUAUAAUCACAUACACAUAUCUGUAUUCACAUAUCUACGAAUCUCUACCUAUCUACAUAUCGAUCUAUCUACAUAUCUCUGUAUACGUAUAUAUGUAUGUAUAUAUAUAUAUAUAUAUCUGUGUUUGGUCACGAGAAAGGAAGGAGAGAGAGAGUGCGAAUCUGGAGCUGAAGAAGUUUUAAUUUCCUUGCAGCUUUUCCAGAAUCGCAGUCUCCUUUCGUCUCCCCUUCUGCCACCAAGGUCUCUGUCUGCUCUUUCGUUAUUCUCGGCGUUCGUUGUCCUCUCUGAUUUUCUCCUAUUUCUUGUUCCUUUGGUGAGCUUUCUUCUCUCUCCCCUCGCUUGCCGUCUCCUUCUCUCCCCGUUUCUCUCUCUCUCUCUCUUUCCUUCUCCUUUGUCUUCUCUUCUUGCUUCUUUUCCCUCGUCUCUGCCUCCCCUCUUCCUCUGUUCUUCUCCAACUAUAAGGCGGAGGGACAACGGAAGAAACGUCGAGCACAUGAGGAGUCUGGCUCGGCAGACGGUCUGCACUUGGAAGGCUGAAAGAGGCAAGAAGGCGCUGUUGAAGAAGCUGCGAGUUCUUUCGUCCAGACUGUUCCCUUCGUUCUUCUCUUUUUCUCGAGCGCCUUGCUCCGCUGCUUCUUCUCCUCCGCCUCCUUUGUCUUCUUCGUCUCCUUCCUCGGAUCUUUCUCGCUUUGCUUCGUCUUCUUCCCUGUCGCUUCCUGCUUUUCCUUCCUUUUCUUGCCUUCGUCUUUCCUCCUCUCCAGAUUCCGCUUCCUCUUCUUUUCCUCUCCUCCCUUCAUCUCCGUCUGCUCUGUCUCGUUGUGACUUCUCGUCCGCCUCCACGAUUCCUCCCGGGAGGUCGACAAUGGGCGAGAACUCCCUCGGGCAAAAGUACGGCAGCAUCGCGGAGGCCUGGAUCGACGAGUUGGGUCGCGAUGGAGAGAAAAAGUCUUCGUGGUACGACCGAGCUCGGGACUACUGGGAGAAGAAGGACGCGACCGUCAGCGGCAUGCUGGAUGGCUACGACGCGGUUUCCACCGUGGACUUGGAAGCCUCGCUUUGCUUCCUGGACAAAGUGAAAACUCUGCCGGCCUACAAAGGAGGAAGCUGCAGAUUCAAUUACGCUCUCGACUGCGGCGCCGGCAUUGGGCGAGUCACAAAGGGCUGUCUCCUCCAUCGCUUUCAGCAGGUUGACAUGGUGGAGCCGAUGGAGAGAUUCUGCCGCUCGGCGCCCGACUUUGUUGCUUCGGAGCGAUUGAAGGACAUUUUUCAACAGCCACUGCAAGAGUUUUCUCCGUCAAAGAAAUACGACUGCAUCUGGCUGCAGUGGUGCAUCCUCUACCUCACAGAUGCGGACCUCAUCGACCUUCUGAAACGAUGUUCGGCUGCCUUGACGGACGGUGGUGUGAUUUGCGUGAAGGAGAACAUCGGAGAACUGGGCUUCGAAAUUGACAAGCAAGACAACUCAAUCAUGCGAACAGACAAGCACUACAAACAGCUGUUCCGGCAAGCUGGCAUGCGUCUGCUGCUGGACAUGCGCCAGCCGAACUUCCCCAAGUCUCUCUUCCCUGUGAACAUGUAUUGUCUCAGACCCCUCGACGCGAAUCCCGCAGGACAACCGGAAAACGCAGAAACCACGUAGUCGAAACGAGGACGUAGGACACAGGAAAACAGAGGAGGGACAAAGAGGGACAGAGAGGGAGAGAAUGGAGAAGAACAAAAAAGACGCAGAAGGCGAGAGCGAUUGAAAGCAAGGAAAGGCCAGAACCUGCGAGAGAGAAAAAGCAGGAUACCCUGUGUAGAGACGGAGGUCGAAUGCCAGAGAAGCAGAGCGCGGCUGCAAGACAGAAACAGAGAGAAGAAGAGUCAGAGCAAAGAAGAAGCAGAGAGAAGAAGAAUGGAAGAGUUCAAGAAGACGGGGAGGUUUGGGCUGGGAGUUAGAGAGGUCUCCUUCCUCGCGCGUGUCUCUGGGGGCUGAGGGUUUCAAAGUUCGAGUCGCAGCAACGUACAGGCAUAGUUUUUCUCUUUCUGUCAAUCGUCUAACAGGGUCCGUUCUGUCUGUCGCGUUGCGUGUGAGAGAACUGGGGGGAACCGGCCGCCGAGACUUUUCGUCAUCUUCGACCCCGUCCACUCGCGACCACUUGGAAAACGUGAGCUUCUUUCUCCCCUCGACGCGGAUCGCGCAAAUGGCUUCGAAUAUAAGCCGAAACAUAUCGGGAAAGCAAAGUGUGAGACCGCG